AUGGCUUUCGUAAUCCCCGCUGAUUCUUCAAGCAGUGGGCGCGUAAUCCUUCGUGACGGAUUGUUGCGUUGCGACGAGCGAGCCGAGGUCAGCGUUGGACCGCCGAAGCAAGUUGGAGCAGAUUACAGAGAGGCAAUAACACAUGGCUACUUCGAAAUUGCACAUUUCGAAUGUGAUCAAGAGGAUUCCUUUGACGAAAUUCAAACACUACAGCGUCAGCUGGUGAAACAGCGGGCAUCACUUAGGGUGGCAACAUCCCGUGUACUAAAGGCCCGUGCUGAAUUGGCUGCAGCGGACAUGGAUGUUUUCCGUGCAACCGCUGAAGAGGUACGCGAGAAUGGCGAGCUCGCGGACUUGAAGGCUCGACUCAUGGGGAUGCGAGGUGCAGUCGAUGAGCUGCACUACGCCGAUACUACUUUGAUAAUCCAGGAAUUGAUCAACACUAAGACCAGACUAGCUGAGGCUACGGAACGAAGGGACCAGAAAUGUCUUGACAAGAAGCGGAUUGAAGGACGGCUUGCCAAGGUCAAGUAUGAUCUUGCCAUGAUUCUGGCAGUAUGGGCCUGA